AUGCGUCCCGAAGUCGAGCAAGAGCUCGCCCACACGCUCCUCGUUGAGCUGCUGGCAUACCAAUUCGCCUCUCCUGUGAGGUGGAUCGAGACUCAGGAUGUCAUCUUGGAGAAGAACAGGACGGAGAGGAUCGUUGAAAUCGGUCCUGCAGACACACUUGGUGGAAUGGCAAAGCGGACGCUCGCCUCCAAAUACGAAGCCUACGAUGCUGCUACAUCCAUGGAGCGUCAAGUCCUGGCCUACAGCAAAGAUGUCAAGGAGAUCUACUACGACAAAUUGAAAAAGCCUUUGGCCGACAUUCCUCUCUCAAAAGCGAUCAAGGAUUUGGUCGGCGGAAAAUCCACUCUACAAAACGAGAUUCUGGGUGACUUGGGCAAAGAGUUCGGGUCGACACCCGAAAAGCCAGAAGAUACACCUCUCGAUGAGUUGGGUGCAUCAAUGCAGUCGACCUUUAACGGUCAGCUCGGCAAGCAGUCUCAAUCUCUCAUUGCGCGAUUGGUGUCGUCCAAAAUGCCUGGUGGCUUCAAUAUCACAGCUGUGCGCAAGCACCUCGAGACCAAGUUCGGCCUCGGCUCUGGCAGACAAGACGGCGUUCUCCUGCUAGCUCUGACUAUGGAGCCAGCUGCCCGCUUAGGAUCCGAGAAUGACGCGAAGACAUAUCUAGACGAUGUCGCUCAGAAGUACGCAACGGCAGCUGGAAUUAGCCUGUCUGCACCUGCUGCAGGCGCCGCGGCUGGCGGAGGUGGCGGUGGCAUGAUGAUGGACCCCGCGGCUAUCGACGCUUUGACCAAGGAUCAGCGCGCUCUGUUCAAGCAGCAAUUGGAGCUGUUUGCAAGAUAUCUGAAGAUGGACCUCCGAGCUGGCGACAAGGCGGCUCUCGGGCAAGCAGAGUCCAACAAGGCUCUCCAAGCUCAACUCGAUCUUUGGAAUGUUGAGCAUGGUGAAGUUUAUGCGAGCGGCAUCGAGCCCUCGUUUGAUCCUCUCAAGGCUCGUGUCUACGACUCUGCCUGGAAUUGGGCUCGUCAAGAUGCCCUCAGCAUGUACUACGACAUCAUUUUCGGCCGUCUUCAAGCCGUCGAUCGUGAGAUUGUCAGCCAGUGCAUCCGCAUCAUGAAUCGAUCCAACCCCACCCUCAUCCAGUACAUGCAGUACCAUAUCGACAACUGCCCAACCGAACGCGGCGAGACCUACAAGCUUGCUAAGGAACUUGGUGAGCAGCUGAUUGAGAACUGCAAAGAUGUCCUGAACGAAGCUCCCGUUUACAAGGAUGUCGCAGUGCCAACAGGUCCUCAAACGACCAUUGACGCCCGUGGCAAUUUGGACUACCAGGAGGUUCCACGACAGAGUGCCCGCAAACUUGAGCACUACGUCCAGGCAAUGGCCGAUGGCGGCAAGAUCUCGGAAUACAGCAAUCGCACCAAGGUUCAGAACGAUCUUCGGAACGUUUACAAGCUCAUUCGCAAGCAACACAAGCUGUCGAAGUCGUCUCAGCUGCAAUUUAACUCUCUGUACAAGGAGGUUGUGCGUGCUCUUGCCAUGAACGAGUCGCAGAUCAUGCCUCAAGAGAACGGCGAUGUCAAAAAACCUGGCCGCAACGGCUCAAUCCUCAAGCCCACGGUCAACGGCAUCAAGACUGGCAAGACCGAGACGAUUCCAUUCCUCCAUCUGAAGAAGAAGGAUGCUCACGGUUGGGACUACAGCAAGAAGCUUACAGGCGUCUACUUGGAAGGCCUCGAGAACGCAGCAAAGUCCGGCAUCACCUUUCAGGGCAAGAUGGCUCUCAUGACCGGUGCUGGCGCUGGCUCCAUCGGUGCUGAAGUCCUCCAGGGCCUGAUCAGUGGUGGCGCGAAGGUCGUGGUCACAACUAGCCGCUACUCUCGUGAGGUCACCGAAUACUAUCAAUCCAUGUAUGCCCGUUUCGGCGCUCGUGGCUCCCAACUGGUCGUCGUGCCGUUCAACGGUGGCAGCAAGCAAGAUGUUGAGGCACUCAUCGAGUACAUCUACGACUCCAAGAAGGGUCUCGGCUGGGAUCUUGACUUCAUCGUCCCUUUUGCUGCCAUUCCCGAGAACGGCCGCGAGAUCGACAGUAUUGAUUCCAAGUCGGAGCUUGCUCACCGUAUCAUGUUGACUAACGUGGUUCGUCUCCUGGGUGCUGUCAAGUCCAAGAAGGCCGAACACGGCUUUAACACACGUCCCGCACAAGCUAUCCUGCCUCUGUCGCCCAAUCACGGCACAUUCGGCAACGACGGUCUCUACUCUGAGUCAAAACUGGCACUGGAGACACUUUUCAAUCGAUGGCACUCAGAGAACUGGGGUGACUACCUCACCAUUUGCGGCGCCGUCAUUGGUUGGACUCGUGGAACUGGUCUUAUGAGCGGCAACAACAUCGUUGCCGAUGGUGUGGAGAAGUAUGGGGUGCGAACGUUCUCUCAGCAAGAGAUGGCAUUCAACCUGCUCGGCUUGAUGUCGCCAGCUAUUGUUGAUCUGUGCCAGGAAGAGCCUGUCUGGGCUGACCUCAACGGUGGCUUGCAGUUCUUGCCAGAUCUCAAGGACAUGAUGACCAAGCUCCGUGCCGAGAUCAUGGAGACUAGCGCCGUCCGCCAGGCCGUCACCAAGGAGACCGCCAUUGAGAACAAGAUCGUGAAUGGCGACGACAGCGAGGCUCUGUACAAGAAGACCAACAUUGAGCCUCGUGCAAAUCUCAAAUUCGAGUUCCCUCCUCUGCCAGACUGGGAGAAAGAGAUCGAGCCUCUCAACGGCAAUCUCAAAGGUAUGGUCGACCUCGACAAGGUCGUCGUCGUCACCGGCUUUUCUGAAGUUGGUCCUUGGGGUAACUCACGCACGCGAUGGGAGAUGGAAGCGUAUGGCAAGUUCUCUCUUGAAGGCUGCGUGGAGAUGGCCUGGCUCAUGGGCCUCAUUAAGAACCACAACGGUCCACUGAAGGGCAAAUCGUACUCCGGCUGGAUCGAUUCCAAGACGCAAGAGCCUGUCGACGACAAGGAUGUCAAGGCCAAGUACGAGAAGCAGAUCCUGGAGCACUCAGGCAUCCGCCUCAUUGAGCCUGAGCUGUUCAACGGUUACGAUCCCAAGAAGAAGCAGUUGUUGCAAGAGAUCCAGAUCGAAGAAGACUUAGAUCCUUUCGAGGCCUCUGCUGAGACUGCCUCCGAGUUCAAACGCCAACAUGGCGAGAAGGUUGAGGUCUUCGAGCUCGAGUCUGGCGAAUUCACCGUUCGCUUGAAGAAGGGUGCCACUCUACUGAUUCCCAAGGCUCUUCGCUUCGAUCGCCUGGUUGCUGGUCAAAUUCCGACUGGCUGGAAUGCCAAACACUAUGGUGUCCCUGACGACAUCAUCGAGCAGGUCGACCAAGUCACUUUGUUUGUGCUGGUCUGUACUGCCGAGGCUCUGCUCGCUUCUGGUAUCACCGAUCCUUACGAGUUCUACAAGUACGUCCACCUGACUGAAGUCGGCAACUGCGUCGGCUCCGGUAUUGGUGGUACAACCGCUCUGCGCGGUAUGUACAAGGACCGUUUCAUGGACAAGCCAGUACAGAAGGAUAUUCUCCAAGAGUCCUUCAUCAACACCAUGGCUGCUUGGGUAAAUAUGUUGCUCUUGUCGUCCACUGGUCCCAUCAAGACACCCGUCGGUGCCUGUGCCACUGCUGUCGAGUCUAUCGACAUCGGCUACGAGACGAUCGUGGAAGGCAAGGCUCGUGUCUGCUUCGUUGGUGGUUUCGAUGACUUCCAGGAGGAAGGUUCGUACGAGUUCGCCAACAUGAAAGCAACAAGUAAUGCCGAGGAAGAGUUCAAACACGGUCGCACUCCCAAGGAGAUGUCGCGCCCUACCACCACAACCCGAUCUGGCUUCAUGGAGUCUCAGGGUUGCGGUAUGCAGAUCAUCAUGUCUGCGCGUCUUGCUCUCGACAUGGGCACGCCAAUAUACGGUAUCUUGGGCCUGACCACUACUGCCACUGACAAGAUCGGUCGCUCGGUACCCGCACCUGGUCAGGGUGUGCUCACCACUGCUCGUGAGAAUCCUGGCAAGUUCCCAUCGCCACUUCUCGAUAUCAACUACCGCCGUCGUCAGCUCGACCUGCGCCGCAGGGCCAUCAAGAACUGGCAAGAGUCAGAGCUACUGUACCUCAACGAGGAAGCCGCUGCAAUGAAAGCUCAGGCUGGCUUCGGCUUCGAUGAGCAGGAGUACAUGGCUGAGCGCAUGGCCCACAUCGAGAAGGAUGCCAAGCGUCAGGAGAAGGAAGCGCAGUACAGCCUCGGCAACAACUUUUGGAAGCAAGAUUCUACCAUCGCACCUCUACGUGGUGCUCUCGCAACCUGGGGCUUGACCAUCGAUGACCUUGGAGUCGCCUCCUUCCACGGCACAUCCACGGUUGCCAACGACAAGAACGAAUCAGAGGUUAUUUGCAAACAGCUAGAGCAUCUCGGACGCAAGAAGGGCAAUGCUCUCCUCGGCAUCUUUCAGAAGUACCUCACUGGUCAUCCUAAGGGUGCCGCUGGUGCCUGGAUGUUUAACGGGUGCUUGCAAGUGCUCAACUCUGGUCUUGUUCCAGGUAAUCGCAACGCCGACAAUGUUGACGCUGUGAUGGAGAAGUUCGAUCACAUCGUAUAUCCCAGCCGAUCACUACAAACCGACGGCAUCAAAGCCUUCUCGGUGACCUCAUUCGGUUUCGGUCAAAAGGGUGCUCAAGCUAUCGGCAUUCAUCCGAAAUACUUGUACGCGACUCUCGACCAGGCCGAGUUCCAACGCUACAAGCUCAAGGUCGACGCUCGUCAGAAGAAGGCCUAUCGCUACUUCCACAACGGCAUGAUCAAUAACACGCUGUUCGUGGCCAAGACCUCGUCCCCAUACGCAGACAACAUCAUGCAGAAGGUCUUCCUAAACCCUGAUCAGCGUGUCCAGGCAGACAAGAAGACAGGCGAGCUGACUUACUCGCCAACUCUGCCCAAGAAGGCUGUUAGCAAAGAUGCAGAACAGACCAAGAUCAUGCUCGAGUCUUUGAGCAAGGCGACUGCAGCAGAAGGCUCGCAGGUUGGUGUUGAUGUUGAGGAGAUUCACGCUAUCAACAUCGAGAACGACACAUUUGUGAAGAGAAAUUUCACACAAUCAGAACAAGAGUAUUGCCGCAAGGCAGCCUCACCACAGGCAUCGUUUGCCGGUCGGUGGUCGGCGAAGGAGGCCGUCUUCAAGGCGCUGGGAGUUAGCAGCAAGGGUGCUGGAGCUCCCCUCGCCGACAUCGAAAUUCUCAGCGAUGACAACGGUGCGCCGACUGUCACGCUACAUGGUGAGGCGCUGAAAGCCGCCAAGUCGGUUGGCGUCAAGAACGUCAAUGUCAGCAUCAGCCAUAGCGAGACGCAGGCUAUUGCUGUUGCCAUCUCUGCUUUUUAG